AUUUCCUCUUCCUGAUCUCUCCUGUGCGGCCUCAGCCUGCAAAAUCAGUCCUGGUUCCCCUCCCUGCGUGCUCCCUGGCAUGCCGGCUCCAUCCUCCUCCUCCCAGGCUGGGACGAGAGCCUGCCGCAGGUCCCCCCUCGGCCAAGACCAUGUGAGGGAGAGGGGCUGGAGGCAGCAGCAUCCCUCCCCUGCAGCCACGGGGCAAUGCCCGCGGGGACAGCAGCCAGCUCUGGGGAAGGCCGGGGACAGGUCCAAGCCUGCCGUUCCCAUGGGGAGGCAGGUUUGUGGCCGUGCCCACGAGGGCAGGUGCCUCCUGGCUCAGCCCUUUCUCCUCUCCUCGGAGCCUGUCCUGGGGCUGCAGAGCAAUCCGCGGGGCUCAGGACCACGCAGGUGAGCUCCGAUCCCAGCUGCCUCCCCUCUGCCCAUGGAGGCCCUCUACGCUGCCCUGGAAGGCGAGAUUGACACCUUCGUGGGGCACGUGCAGCAGUGCCGGCAGGACUUCGACCUGCGCACCCUGUACGAUGUGCUGCUGCUGGUGCUGCCGCGGAGCCCCUCGGGGCAGGUGGAAAGCUGGGAGCACCUGGAGAGGCUCGCCGAGCGCCAGCCCGGCUCGCCGAGCCCUGACGUAGCUGGCUACGUGGGCUGGCUGGCCUCCUACCUGCAGCACCUGCGGGCGCUGAAGGAGAGGUUUGACGCCAGGGUGGUGUUCCCGCUGUGCGAGAACUUGUACGUGCACGAGGACUCGUGCCCCUCGGCCUCCAUCCCGCGCCUGGCCACGCACCUCUUCGCCCGCCGCCGGAGCUGGGCGCUGCUGCUGCGGGGGGGACCUGUCCAUGAGCAGACCUUCAGCCCCCGCAGCCUGCACGACCUGCACGGCUUCACCAACACAGGGCCUGUCGUGCAGGUCUUGAGGCUGGUGCCUGACAUUUUUCACCAGAGCUUGGCCACAGCAGAGCUCGCCCGGCGCUGGGUCCGUGUCCACCAGAGCCGGUACAGCCUCUCCCCGCCACUGGCUCCAGGCUCUGUGCAGCCCCCGCCUUGCAGCAGGACCCCCCAGCCACCCAGCCCUGCUGGCUUGACACAAUUUUGGGGAGCGGGGAGCAGUGCCGGGGUGCUGCGAGCCCAGCUGCAGGAGAGCCAGGAGGAGCUGCUGGCCCUGCUGCCCCGCGCGCAGCGGGCGGCCGCCCUGCGUGCCCAGAUCCGCGGUGUCACCCGGCGCAUCCGCGCCCUGCGCCUGCAGCAGCAGUGCGAGGGGAUGGGGAUGGCGAUGGAGCCCCAGGAUGUGGGACCCGGGGGCUGCCCGCGCCAUGCUGCCCUGCUGGAGGAGCUGCAGAAGCGCCUGGAGCUGGAGGAGUACCACCGCAGCAUCCUGGAGGCCGACUGGCUGCUGGAGCUGGAGGUCAGGCCCAUCCUCGUCCGCAGGAUCGACGCGGUUCAGCAGCGCUGCUGGGACCUGGAGAGGGUGCUGCGGGGCCAGGCGCUGGCUGUCCCGCUGCGGGGCCCGCCCAGGAGCAGGACAGCCACCACCCCUGCGCCUGGGCAAGCUCAGCCCUCUGCCAUGAGCCCCACGCCAGCGGCCAAACCCAGCCCCAGCAAGAACCAGCGACCCUGA